UUAACCUACAAGUACAAGGUUGCUGUAGCAUACACAGUACACAUACACAUGCAUGCUGCAUGCUAGAGAAUCAGUUGGAAUUUUGCUGUGAAGAUGUCGUCUAGUAACAUUGAGGUUCCAUACAUUCAAAGUUUAUUUCAAGCUGAUGGGUACCUGACCACUCAUGAAGCAGAAAUUAGAAGAAGGUAUGGCUGUUUCAAGGAUUUACUUAACAGAAUUGAAAGCAAUGAAGGUAGUUUGGACAAGUUUACUCGUGGAUAUGAGACAUUUGGGAUCCACAGGACACCAGAUAAUGGAAUCUAUAUGAAGGAGUGGGCCCCUGGGGCAGAAGGAAUUUCCCUGAGAGGUGAAUUUAAUGAUUGGAACCAGUUACAGUACAAGUUCACUAAAGGGGACUUUGGUAAAUGGGAGCUAAAGAUACCUCCAAAGGAAGAUGGAAGCUGUCCCAUUCCACAUGGAUCAAAAAUAAAGCUAGUGAUGCAUACCAAAGCGGGUAAACUUGAGGAUAGGUUGUCUCCCUGGGCCAAACGUGUUACCCGCGAGAAAGAAGUACCAAUCUAUGACCAAAUAUUCUGGGACCCAAAGGAGACGUACCAGUUCAAGCAUGGACAUCCCAACAAACCUGCAAGUUUAAGGAUUUAUGAAUCUCAUGUUGGUAUCGCCUCAUGGCAGGGAAAGGUCGCCACCUACCCAGAGUUCACCAGAGAUGUAUUACCAAGAAUAGCAUAUCUAGGUUACAACUGUAUACAGCUGAUGGCGGUGAUGGAACAUGCCUACUAUGCAAGUUUUGGUUACCAAAUUACCAGUUUCUUUGCUGCUUCUGGUCGUUAUGGUACCCCAGAAGAAUUGAAGGAGUUGAUAGAUACCGCCCACGGUAUGGGUAUAACAGUAUUACUUGAUGUUGUACAUAGUCACGCUUCAAAGAAUGUUGUGGACGGUCUCAACCAAUUUGACGGCACUGAUUCCUGCUAUUUCCACAGUGGCGGGCGAGGAAACCAUGAUCUGUGGGAUUCGAGGCUCUUUAAUUACACUGAGUGGGAAGUUUUGAGAUUCUUGCUUUCGAAUUUGAGAUGGUGGAUUGAAGAAUACCAGUUUGAUGGAUUCAGAUUUGAUGGUGUUACCUCAAUGUUGUAUCAUAGUCAUGGAAUGGGCCAUGGUUUUAGUGGAGACUACAAUGAAUAUUUUGGUUUGAAUACUGACACAGAGUCUCUCACCUACCUGACUAUGUCUAACUACAUGCUACAUAAGUUCUAUCCAGACUUUAUGAUAACCAUAGCAGAGGAUGUAUCAGGGAUGCCAGCAUUGUGUCGUAUUGUAGAUGAAGGUGGUCAAGGCUUUGAUUACCGCCUAGCCAUGUCCAUACCAGACAUGUGGAUAAAGAACUUAAAGGAGAAGUCGGAUGAUGACUGGGACCUUGAUAACAUCUGUCACAUUCUCACCAACCGAAGGUACACCGAGAAAUGUAUCGCCUACGCAGAGAGUCAUGAUCAAGCAUUGGUAGGGGACAAAACUCUAGCCUUCUGGUUAAUGGACAAGGAGAUGUAUACACAUAUGUCAGAGUUAUCUCCCCCUAGUUUGAUUGUAGAUCGUGGUAUUGCUCUACACAAGAUGAUACGACUGAUCACAAUGGGACUUGGAGGAGAAGGCUACCUGAAUUUCAUUGGAAAUGAAUUCGGGCAUCCAGAAUGGUUGGAUUUUCCACGAAUCGGCAACCAGGAGAGUUACCACUACUGCAGGCGACAGUGGAACCUUGUUGAUGAUAAAAUGCUUAAAUAUAAGUAUUUGUAUGCAUUCGAUAGAGACAUGCAACAUCUGGAGAAGGCAUUUGGAUGGCUUGCUCAACAUACACAGCAAUACAUCAGCAGAAAGAACCAAGGUGACAAAGUGGUUGUAUUUGAGAGAGUAGAAAAGCUUCUGUUUAUCUUCAACUUCCAUCCAAACAAUAGUUAUACAGACUACAAAAUUGGUGUCGGAUAUCCAGGAAGGUACAGAAUAGUGUUGGACACUGAUUCAGAAACAUAUGGAGGACAUAAGAGACUAGAUCAUAAUGUAGAGUUUUUCACCAAUAAUGAAUCCUGGGACGAUCGCUACCAUUCAAUGAUGGUAUACAUACCGUGCAGGACAGCUAUAGUUCUUGCAAAGCAAGAUUGAAAGUAGAUUGACUAGUCAACACUUAAACGUUUUUGCACCAAAGAGGACAGUAGUAACUAAAAAAGCUUCAGAAAGUGUGUACAGCAUUUCUACCAUUCCAUUCAAAAUGGAUCAGUCUAUUUCUGCAUGCUGGACUUGUUCAUUUUAUCAUAGGGAUAUCAGCUUUCUGAUGCAAGCUAAAACAAGUGAUGUGUGCGCAGAUCUGAUAUGUAUGAGGUCUACUCACUUAUUUAACAUUAGAUGUAACCUAGAUGUGUAUGUAUUUAAAAGAGGGUUGUUUGCUCUUUGUGUCAAAGCCAGUAAGUAAUUCUGCUUGACAGCAAUUUUUAUUUGUUAUGGUAUAUUUUAGAUUCAGAAUCCAUCAAACAAAUAAGUAUGUUUGAAAGCAGUUUUUAAGUCUGUUUGACAGCAGUUUUUAGUUCGACUUUUCGAAGAAAAUGUACAGCUAUUAAACAAAUUUAUAAGUAUGUUUGAAAGCAGUUUUUAAGUCUGUUUGAAAGCAGUUUUUAGUUCGACUUUUCGAAGAAAAUGUACAGCUAUUAAACAAAUUUAUAAGUAUGUUUGAAAGCAGUUUUUAAGUCUGUUUGAAAGCAGUUUUUAGUUCGACUUUUCGAAGAAAAUAUACAGCUAUUAAACAAAUUUAUAAGUAUGUUUGAAAGCAGUUUUUAAGUCUGUUUGAAAGCAGUUUUUAGUUCGACUUUUCGAAGAAAAUGUACAGCUAUUAAACAAAUUUAUAAGUAUGUUUGAAAGCAGUUUUUAAGUCUGUUUGACAGCAGUUUUUAGUUCGACUUUUCGAAGAAAAUGUACAGCUAUUAAACAAAUUUAUAAGUAUGUUUGAAAGCAGUUUUUAAGUCUGUUUGAAAGCAGUUUUUAGUUCGACUUUUCGAAGAAAAUGUACAGCUAUUAAACAAAUUUAUAAGUAUGUUUGAAAGCAGUUUUUAAGUCUGUUUGACAGCAGUUUUUAGUUCGACUUUUCGAAGAAAAUGUACAGCUAUUAAACAAAUUUAUAAGUAUGUUUGAAAGCAGUUUUUAAGUCUGUUUGACAGCAGUUUUUAGUUCGACUUUUUGAAGAAAAUGUACAGCUAUUGCACUCGCUCCAGCGUCGGCAUUGGUUAAAGUUUUUGAUAAAGUAAAAUAUCUCUGAUACUAUAAUCAGAGCUAUUGACUUGAAACUUAAAACAGCUAUUUACUAUCACAGUCUACUCCAGGAGAAACAAUCCCCAUAACUCUGAUUUGAAUUUUGACAGAUUUAUGCCCCUUUUUAACUUAGAAUUUUUUGUUAAAGUUUUUGAUAAAGUCAAAUAUCUCUGUUACUAUCAAAGCUUUUGACUUGAAACUUAAAAUAGUUAUUUACUAUCCUCAUAACUCUGAUUUGAAUUUUGACAGAGUUAUGCCCCUUUUUAACUUAGAAUUGUUUGUUUAAAGUUUUAUAUAACGUCCAAUAUCUCUGUUACUAUCAAAGCUAUUGACCUGAAACUUAAAAUAGUUAUUUACUAUCAAAGGCUACACUAUAAGAAACAAUCCCCAUAACUCUGAUUAGAAUUUUGACAGAUUUAUGCCCCUUUUACUGGCAAAGCUCUUAUUCAGGGUCAAGCACUGAGAAAAGUCGAGCGUGCUGUCUUACGGACAGCUCUUGUUAUUUGUUGUAGUAUAUAUUUUAGAUUUAGAAUCCAUAAAGCAAGUCAGUGUGUUUGACUUCAGUUUAUUCUGUAAGAUUCGGCUAGGUCACUGCCUAGCUGUCACCCACCAAGUUUGAAAGUCGGAAUUGGAAUGUUUAUGAAACAUUGAUGUUAUGUCUUCCGACUGAUUUUGAGUCGAGAACAAAUCAAGUAUCUUAGAUUCAAGCUUUUAAUGAAUUGGUAUAAACUAAGUGUCUGAUGUUUUAAAUGUUUUAAUAAUUGAUGCAAUGAUCGACACCUCAGUCCUCACUGAAAAGAAUAGUUAAUUGCUUCUUUAUGUCUAUUCAGUUGACUGCUUUUUGCACUGAGUCGAUUAUGCUUCAGAGCAACAUUUAUGUGAUUGAUUUUCCAUUGAUUUUCCAUUGCAUAAAAUUGCCAGGCCGCAACAUCAAGCUAUGUACUAUCAACUAUGUGCCAUUGGUAUAAUGCUUUUUGUCAGUAAUCUGUUUGUUAUUAUAUUGAUGGUUGUUAGCUAUAUACGGUUUAUAAAUGAAUUACUGGAAUACAUGUAUGUAAUCCCAGAA